AUGGAUCCACUGGCCCCAAGCACCAAGACAGAAUGGGUGCAGCAACUGGGUAUGAACAAUGAGACUGAAUCCAAGCACCAACCACCCCCCUCCCCUGGAGUUUGGAAUCUCAUUAAUCCAGAGCAGUGCCAGUACACCUUUACAACCUCGCGCAUCGAUAUCAGUUUGAAGAAAAGACAGAAUCAGCGGUGGGGAGGACUUGAAGCUCUGGCGACACAAGGUGCAGUGGGGGGUGCGAAAGUAGCUGUGCCUGCAGGCCCUCCAUCGCUGGAUAAGGCACAGCCUGGGAGCAGCCAGCACACACUUCCUCCCAAGGACGAGCCACGUUCCAAUGAGAAGGAGAAAAUGCGCACAGAAGAGGCCAGCCUUGAGUCGGUGGCAAUCAGGUCUACUCCUGACAGUGUGCAGAUUAAACAGGACACUCUUGUAACAUCGCCCAAGCCCACCUGCAUGGUGACCCCAAUGACCCAUGGUGUCUCCAAUACGGAGCAAACUGAAGAGGAAGAAGAGGAGGAGGAGAAAAAGGUCUGUCUGCCAGGGUUCACAGGGCUGGUCAACCUAGGAAACACUUGCUUCAUGAACAGUGUGAUCCAGUCACUGUCCAAUACACGAGAGCUUCGUGAUUACUUCCAUGAUCGAUCCUUUGAGUCUGAAUUAAAUUACAACAACCCUCUGGGAACUGGCGGCCGACUGGCCAUUGGCUUUGCGGUGUUGCUGCGGGCACUAUGGAAAGGAACGCACCAUGCCUACCAACCAUCGAAGCUAAAGGCUAUUGUAGCGAGUAAAGCAAGCCAAUUCACUGGUUACGCUCAACACGAUGCUCAGGAAUUCAUGGCGUUUCUGUUGGAUGGCCUCCAUGAGGACCUCAAUAGAAUACAGAAUAAACCGUACACUGAGACCGUAGAUUCUGAUGGGCGUCCAGAUGAGGUGGUGGCAGAGGAGGCCUGGGAACGUCAUAAGAUGCGAAAUGACUCCUUUAUCGUGGAUCUCUUCCAGGGUCAGUACAAGUCAAAGUUGGUGUGCCCCAUAUGUUACAAGGUGUCGAUCACAUUCGAUCCUUUUCUCUACCUGUCCGUCCCCCUGCCACAGAAACAGAAGUUGCUCACUGUUUACUUUUUUGCCAAGGAGCCUCAUAAGAAGCCAGUAAAGGUCUUGGUGAGCGUGAGUAAGGAGAAUGCAAGUGCAGCCGACGUGCUUGACGCAAUCUCUCGCAAUAUGAAAGUGAAAGCUGACACACUACGACUGACUGAGGUUGCAAGGAAUAGAUUCCAUCGGAUAUUUCAAACGUCUCAGUCCCUGGAUACUGUGUCCCCGAGCGACACACUCUUCUGCUUUGAGGUGUUGACUAAGGAUCUCGCAAAGGAGAGGGUGCUCGAAUUGAAUGUACAACAGCGACUGUUAAUCCCUAACGUCCCGAUCAACAAAUGUGCUGCCUGUCAGAAACCACAGCAGCCUGAUGAAAAGUUGCGGCGUUGCACCAGUUGCUACCGAGUCGCCUACUGCAAUCAGUGA